UCGUCCACAAAACUCACCGGUGUUAAAGGAGUUCGAGAACACAUUUCUAAAAUGAGGGACAUCACUGCUCAUUUGAAGAAACUCGACGUUAUCAUUCCUGAUACCUUCCUGGUUCAUUACAUCCUUCACAAUCUUCCUCCACAGUAUGGGCCUUUCAAAAUUUCCUACAACACACAUAAAGAAAAAUGGACUAUCAAUGAAUUGAUGACCAUGUGUGUUCAAGAGGAAGCCAGGCUCCUACAGGAGCAAGGAGAAAGUGUUCACCUGACCACUCAACCUAAGAAACACAAGCCAUUCAAGAAGAACAAAGGGAAAAAGCCCAUGGCUCCCAAGGCUGCCAUAAAGAAAGAUUCCAUCAAAUGUUUCUUUUGUAAACAAAAGGGACAUGCUAAAAGGGAGUGCAGCCAGUUCAAGAAAUGGAUGGAUGACAAAGGAUAUUCAAAAUCUAAGGAAGCCAGUGGCAAGUGAGCAAAGCAUCUUAUCUGGAAACAAGAUGGGCUCACAUGUGGAAGCUAUUGGAACAUGCAAUUUAGUUUUAAGUAAUGGUUUUAUUUUAAAGUUAGAAAAGACCUUUUAUGUACCAAGUUUCUCUAGAAACUUGAUUUCAGUUUCAAGACUUAUACCCUUUGGUUUUUCCUUUACAUUUUCAGACAAAUAUUUCAAUUUAUAUUAUAAAUCUGAAUGUGUUGGAAAUGGUAUUUUGUCUGAUGGUCUUUACUGCCUUAAUUUACAAAAUAAUACCACUAAUAAUGUUAUGCAUGUUCGCGCUGGCACUAAAAGAUGUGUUAUGAAAGAGGAUUCCUGUACAUUGUGGCACCGGAGAUUGGGACAUAUCUCCAUUGAUAGAAUUAAAAGGUUGGUAAAAGAUGGGGUACUCAAUACCUUAGAUUUUACUGAC